UAGCCCAUUACUCACUUACUGUAUCUAAAUCAAAAUUCCAAACUCUGAUAAAAUCUCCCAACUCAAAUCUACUUCCAACUUACACACAAAAACAUCAUAAAAUACAAGAAAAAAAACAUGAACACAACAAUGGCCGACACAGAUCUCAAAUCAUCACCAAUAUCUACCUACACACACACGAUAUCACGUCGAUACCAACACUUACUUGAUAAGUCAACACCCCAUGUUCUCCAACGUUGGAUCGGAUUUGCAUUUUUGUUGUUUAUAUAUGCACUUCGUGUUUACUAUGUACAAGGAUUCUAUAUAGUUACAUAUGGAUUGGGUAUAUAUAUCUUGCAACUGUUUCUUGCUUUUUUGUCUCCACAGGCUAAUCCUGAACUUGCUGAUGAUGGCCCUUCUUUGCCUACUCUUGGAUCUCAAGAAUUUCGCCCCUUUGUUCGUCGUCUACCCGAGUUUAAGUUUUGGUAUUCACUUACAAGAGCCUUCUGUAUCGCUUUUACGCUCACAUUUUUCAGCAUGUUUGACGUGCCUGUGUUUUGGCCAAUUCUAUUGUUUUACUGGAUAGUAUUAUUUAUUUCGACAAUGAAAAGGCAGAUAAUGCACAUGAUUAAAUAUAGAUAUGUUCCCUUCUCCUUUGGCAAACGGAAAUACACCGGAAAGAAAGCAGCAGUGGCUGAUGAUGCAGGUAAUGGCAGACCUUGAAGCUUUGGUGUGUUAUCUUGAAUAUUGAUUGGCAGAAAUUCUUUUCAAAUUAUCAACUUUCCCAUAGAAAAAGUGCAACAUAGGAUCUUCUUUACUCUUUAGAGACUAGGAAUAUUCGCGUAGAUGAUGGAAAAGUAUGUUGUUUGUUGUAGCAAUAUUUCUUGUAAUAUUUUGUAGUUCUGGUAACCAAUCAACGAUCUGGAUCUAUUUUAUUACUACUAUCAAUUCGAUACCGAUUUCUUCGUUCAA